UAAGGAACUAAGCGGCAACUCGUUGGCAAGCGGAAGUUGUUUGAGCGACAAAUACGGUGGUGCAAAACUGUGCUUAGAGAAGCCCGCAUAAUUUAUCCUUAUGGUUGUAUUAGUUUACUGUUAGCACACUAAGUCUAUAGUACCGAGUAGUGUAGUUUAGAUUGCACCGGCGUCCUUUACUAGACUGUUAACUGAAAAGUUGGAAGAACGUGCCACGACUGUUCUGUGGAGACGUUUGCAUUGCUCAAAUGGUGAAACUAAGAGCGAAGUGCAUUUUGGCAGGUGAUGCCACAGUAGGAAAGAGUGCCUUAUGCCAGCUCUUUCGCAGUGAUGGGACACACUUUCAGAAGAAUUACACAAUGACAACAGGAGUAGAAGUUGUGGUCAAAUCUGUGAACCUUCCGGAGAGCAAUGAUAGCGUGGAGUUCUUCAUCUUUGACUCUGCAGGCAAAGACAUCUUUCUGGACUCGGUUGAAAAGCUGUGGGGUCAGCCAUCAGUCCUGUGCCUCGUGUUUGAUGUCACCAGCGAGCAGUCCUUUAAGAGCUGUGCUAAGUGGCUGGAGAGAGCCAGGGCGCACACCCAGGGCCUUCAAAUGCCAGGGGUUUUAGUGGGCAACAAGACAGAUCUGUCGGUGAGACGCACUGUGGACACUGAAAGCGCUCGAGAGUGGGCACUGAGUCAGGGGCUGGAAUACUUUGAAACAUCAGUUAAAGAAACGGAGAACCAUGAGGUACCUUUUCGAACCCUGGCUCUGGCCUUCCAUAAUAUUUAUCGGGAAAAACUGGAAGUGAUCCAAGCCCUUGCCUAGCCAAGCACACCAUUGGGCCCAAACAUUAGAACUGCACUCCCAAGGAGCCCACCGAGGGUAAGAUGGAUUGUGAUCUGGUCUUCAUGCAAAAACUGUGGGGGGUUGUUGGAACACGUUGGUGUUCUUAUUACCACUGUUAUACUUGAAGAUGCUUUUAUCUUCUUUAGUGGUCCCAAUCUUCACUGGAUGCUUAGUAGCCCGUUGAGAGCUCCUCUUUCAGAAGAUGUACCAGUUUAGGGUCAACAAAUAAAAAAAAACUUUUU